AAAGCGGCGGUGCGCUAAAACGUGAGCAAAAAAAGCUGCGGCUUUCCUUUCGACUUCUUCUCUCUCCGGUUCUUCUGCUAUCGUCAAUUCCUCCACGGCUUUUCACGCCACGCUUUUCAGUGUUUUUAUUACCUAUUUCGUUCCGAAUCCAUCAUCCAGCUGUGACUGGAUUUCAACUAUCCUAAAACCCGUUCCGAUUAUUUGACUGCUUGACAGCAGACGGUCGCAACCAUGUCUGAUCCGCUACUUUUCGAAGACACCUUCACGAUCACCGGAGUCAACCAGCAGAAAUAUGACCGUGUCUCUCGUUUGACCUGCACUUCCUCCGACCAGUACACAUCAUUCACCUUGGAUGUCAACACGGAGCUCUACCCCUGCGCGGUCGGCGAGAACGUCAACCUGGCCCUCGCAUCGACACUUUCGCUGGAUGGAAAGGAUGACCCUGCGGCAAAGACCAGCUGGAGAGAUGUCGGAAUGGGCGAACAAACUCUGGCGAAUGACUAUGACUACGUCUGCCACGGAAAGGUCUACCGAUUCGAGGAGGGAGCGACCGCUGGAAGCAUGGCGGUCUUUAUUUCCUUUGGUGGACUGCUGCUUUACCUUGAGGGGCCCUACAAGAAGCUGGCACCCUUGAGAAUUGACUAUGUGUACCUGCUUCUUAAGAAAUAAAGAAAUCUCUGUCUUAUCACUUGAUUGUCUUCGGACUUAUGCGGCCUAAUGCGUUAAAUUGGCACGCUGGAUAGUCAGAAAAGUUGGUUGUAUUUGAUUGACAUAUUU